GCUUGCAGAACAAGCAAAGUCAUGCUGUUACAAUAACACACAAUAUUUAAAAGUCUGUUGCAGCCCUGGGGAUGGCUGGUGGCCUGGAGACAUUCCUUUAAAUUUUAACCUGAUUUAUUUUUACUUAUGUUUGAACUUACCCCCUUUAGAGCACAACUGGGACAGAAACUUCGGAUGUAAAAAAAACUGGAAGGGCAAAACGCAUCUUCCUUAGUGAGAAAGCUAAAACAGGUCAAUGAAUUUGUACAGAAUAUGAUAGUUGACAAAUUGUUAUACAUGGCAAAUCAUUAUUAUUUUUAACUACAGGGAAAGCUCCAUGCCAUUUAAACAAGAUCAUGUUAGAACUAAAAACUGACAGACAAAUCACAGGUGUUUCUUCUACCUUUUGCCCCUAGCAUUCCUGCCUGCGAUGUACAUAAUUAGAAUAAAUUGUUUAAAACAGGGUUCCUCAGCCUUGGCAACUUUAAGGCUUGUGGGCCAACUUCCAGAAGGCUGAGGAAUUCUAGGAGUUGAAGUCCACAAGUCUUAAAGUUGCCAAGGUUGAGGAACCCUGAUUUAAAAGAUGAAAAUACAUCCACAUAGGUUUACCUGUACAUGGCACCGGAUUCUGACCUUUCUCUUAUUAUUCGCAUUUCUGAGGACAACCCACUUUCUUCGCGUAGGGUUCUCGCAUCGAGGCUGCAAUUCCUGAGGCGACCGCCACGGGGCAACAAAGAGAGGUUGCGCCAUCACCCAAGAUAGAUAACCACAUAAUAAAGCCCUUUGCCUUGGCGGCUUCCUCAACGGGGCGAAAAGAAUAAUAAUAAGAUCAGCCUCUCCAACUUUCCGCGAGUCAUUCCCGGAAGCUGCCUCGUAGAGCGCUUUGGUCGCUCCUGUUCCGCACUGGGGAAAGCGACGACUUCGGAGGAAUCCUGCGCGCUUCUUCCUUUGGAGACGCAGCUUUUCUUCUCGACGGGCUGCGUUUCUUCAGCCCAAGAUUCGCCUGGAGAAUCGCGCUUUCCCCCCGCAGAGCAUCCUGGAGAGAAACGCGCUGGAAAGCAGGUGCUGCUGCGUGAUUCGGGAUGGGAUCGAAGCUCUCCGUGGAUGACUCUGUCCGCGUCGUCAUAGUUGGAGGAGGCUUCGGAGGGAUGGAAGCUGCCCGCCUCCUGCGGGAUUGGGGGAUCCCCUUCGUCCUCGUCGACAUGAGAGACUCCUUCCACCACAAUGUGGCUGCUCUGCGGGCUUCCGUACAGAGUGGAUUUGCAAAAAAAACCUUUAUCUCCUUCUCUGAGACCUUCAAAGAGAGUUUCCAGCAGGGCAAAGUAGUUGAGAUCAAUUUGCAGAAACAUCAGGUCCUACUGAAUGAUGAUAAAGUGCUUUCAUUUUCUCAUCUGAUCCUCGCCACUGGGAGUGAAGGGCCUUUUCCUGGGAAGUUUAAUCAACUUAUUAAUAUGGAGAUGGCUAUUCAGGCUUAUGAGAACAUAGUCAAGGAGGUGGAAAAAGCUGAGCGGGUGGUUAUCGUAGGUGGCGGUUCUGCUGGGGUUGAAAUGGCUGCAGAAGUUAAGACAACAUAUCCUAACAAAGAGGUCACACUUAUUCAUUCAAAAAUGGCACUGGCAGAUGGCGGACUCCUUCCCAGAGUCAGGGAAGAAGUGAAGGAGACUCUUACACAGGAGGGAGUGCAUCUCUUGUUGGGUCAGAAAGUUUCUAAUCUCCAUAUGCUGACCUUAAACCAAUUCAAGGAGAACAUGAUGGUGGAGACUGAUAAAGGAGACCAGCUGGCAAAUAAUGGUGCUUUGAAAGUGAAUGAAUAUCUUCAAGUUGUGGGCUAUGAUAAUAUCUAUGCUAUUGGUGACUGCUCAGAUGUGAAAGAACCAAAGAUGGCAUAUCAUGCUCAACUCCAUGCAAACGUUGUAGUGACCAAUAUUAUCAACAGCCUGACUCAAAAGCCUCUGAAAACCUAUAAACCAGGAUCACUUACCUUCCUGAUUUCUCUGGGAAAUAAUGAUGGAGUAGGACAAAUCAGUGAAUACUAUGUAGGACAUCUCUUAGUGACUGUCCUCAAAAGUAAAGAUCUUUUCAUCUCAAAAAGUUGGAAGAAGAUGCAUCAGCAGAUGCCAUGCUAGAAAUGGAACUGCCAUAAACAAAAACAGAACUGAUGGUACCUGUAAUGAAUUAGUAAUGCUUAGUUUGCUAGCAUUAAAUCAUAAUUGUCUUUAAGAAACUAAGCAAAAAACCUAGAUAGUAGAUCUUGGCAGAAACUGUAUUUCACAUUAGACUUUGGAGUUGGUUUGUAGUUGAUCAGCUAACAUGGAUAUUGUAAAAUUGAUCUGAAUUAAAGUUUGAAUGGAAGAAUUGAUUAUCAUGCAAUUGUAGAACUCAAAA